UCAUUUUUCAUAAUAUCAAAAAGAACAAAAAGUUUUUUCAUCUUUAUUUUGGGUUUUGGUCAUGAGAAACUAAACAAGAUCAUCAGAUCCAAGACCUGCAACUAUGAAGAUGCACAGCAAAGGAUUUAAACAGAAACCACGUUCUAAAGUAGUCGUCUCUUUCUUCAUCGUCCUUUCAAUUCUCAUCCUCAGUACUUGGAUGCAUAUGUUUGUAAUAGGGAAGAGUAAAAUCCAAAUGACUGCGACAUCAAUAGUAGGAAGUACAAAGAAAACCAUCAAGAUCCCACUAAAGUGCAAAGACACAACACAAACAUGUCCUUUAAACUAUCCAAACAGAUUCAAACCAGCCAUCUCUUCCUCGGAAACUUGUCCUGACUACUUCAGGUGGAUCCACCAAGACCUAAAGAUAUGGCAAGAGACAGGUAUCACAAGGGAAACACUUGAGAGAGCAAAACCUUAUGCUCAUUUCAGGCUUGUGAUAAAGUCAGGGAGAUUGUAUCUUCAUCAGUAUGAUAAAUGUUAUCAAACGAGAGAUGUGUUCACAAUUUGGGGAAUACUUCAGCUUUUUAAAAUGUAUCCUGGUCAAGUCCCUGAUCUUGAGCUUCUCUUCCUCUGCCAUGACCAACCCGGCAUUUGGAAAAAAGACUUUAAGAAAGAAGGACCAAACUCUACAUGGCCCCCUCCGCCGUUGUUUCAUUACUGUAGUCACCGUGAUGCAUACGACAUUGUCUUCCCUGAUUGGAGCUUUUGGGGUUGGCCUGAGGUGAAUGUUAAGGAGUGGACAACAUUACAAGUGGCGAUUAGAGAAGCCAACGAAAGGGUUAGAUGGAAAGAUAGAGUUCCCUACGCUCACUGGAAAGGGAACUCACACGUUUCUCUUGAAAGAAGAAACCUCAGGCAUUGUAACUUCUCCGAUAAGUAUGAUCCCAUGGUUCAUAUCUAUGAACAGGAUUGGGAGAAGGAGAGGGGGAAUGGUUUCAAAAGUUCAAACCUAGAAGACCAGUGUACCCAUAGGUACAAGAUUUACAUAGAAGGUCGUGCAUGGUCAGUGAGCAAAAAAUAUAUAUUAGCAUGUGACAGUAUGGCUCUACUAGUUAAACCAGAGUUCUUCGAUUUCUUUGGAAGAAGUAUGGUUCCAUUGGAACAUUACUGGCCCAUUAGACCUCAAGAGACCUGUCGUGACCUCAAGUUCGCUGUUGAAUGGGGUAACAACAACCCUGAGAAGGCGCAAGAUAUAGGGAGACGAGGAAGUGAGUACAUGAUGAAAAGCCUAGACAUGAAGUAUGUAUAUGAUUACAUGUUGCAUGUGUUGCAAGGAUACGGGAAGCUGAUGAAGUUGGAUGUGACUGUGCCUGAAAAUGCUACCGAAGUGUGUUCGGAGACGAUGGCUUGUCUGAUCAAUGAUGGUGGACUGAUUAGGCAAUGCAUGGACGACUCCUUGGUUAUGUCUCCUAGCGUCAAGGCGGCUUGUGACUUGCCGCAGCCUUACGGAGAUGACGAGCUCAAAAGGUUUCUUGAGAAACAAGAAAGUGCGGAGAAAGAUGUUGAGAAGUUGACCAAUGACUAUUGGGAGGUCCAAAACAAGAUUCUUCAAAAAAGAAUAAAAAUAUAAUUUAUCAGGAAUAAUUUAAUUGAUAUAUACUAGGGAGUCCUUAAAAUUGAUUUCUUUAAGGUUUUGGAAUGUAAGAGGCAACUAAUGUUUUAUUUAACUAAUGUUUGCAACUAAU